GGGACGUGCAGGAGGCCGCGCCGGGGCCGUCGGGGCUCGCCAAGCUGACGGGACGGACGAUGGGCGCACGCGCCGGGCCUCCCGCACAGCUCCGGGCGCUGCUGCCGCUGCUGUUGCUGCUCCUGCUGCUGCUGGUCGAGCUGCCCGGGCCCGGCGCGCAAGCUGCGCGGGGUCGCGCCGACAAGCAGAACACGUUUCGCCGCGCGGCCAGCGGCGUCUACCAGAGCGUCAGCAGCCUGUGCGGGGAGGACAACGUGCGAGCAGUGCAGAAGUUUUUCUCCAGGUCAACUGAGAGAUUUGUAAAUGGAGUGGAUGUCUUAGUGGAAACGCUGUGGAGACUCUGGACUGAUUUGCUGGAUGUUCUUGGAAUUGACGCCUCGAAUCUGACACAUUAUUUUAGCCCCGCAGCUGUGGCUAACAACCCCACCCGUGCUCUGCUGUUGGUUGGUGCCGUCCUCCUGGCCUACUGGUUCUUAUCUCUCUUCCUGGGAUUUCUUUUCUAUCUCUUGCAUGUCCUGUUUGGUCGCUUCUUCUGGGUUGUAAGGGUCACCCUGUUUGCUCUCUCCUGUGUAUACAUCCUGCAAAAGUAUGAGGGAGAGCCUGAGCAGGCAGUCCUGCCCCUCUGCUUAGUGGUUGCCAUUUACUUCAUGACGGGCCCUGUGGGCUUCUACUGGAGGAGUGGAGGCACCAGUGGAGGCGGUGGCAGCUCCAACCUCAGCCUGGGCAGCCACAGUUUGGAGGAGAAGAUUGACCACCUUGACAGCCAGAUCAGACUACUCAACAUCCGCCUCUCCCGAGUGCUCGAAGGCAUCGAUCGAGACAGUGACAAGUGAGACAAGCCAGGUUAAUCACCUUUCACCAGCUCUUGGAAAAUCAAAAAGCACUAUCUUACUAAAAGUUACAAAGCAACAAAAUGGCACAUUGUGAGGUUAUUGGACCACAUUUCAAUUUUAGGCUGAGAAGAAUUUUAAAAUAACUUAUCUAGAACACUGAGACACCCUGACAACCAUUAGUUGUGUUAAAAAAAAAUAUUUUUUCAAAUGAUCAAACCCACAUUAGCUGUAUACUAAAAAAUUUAUCCAUGCAUAGUACAUACAAUUACUUUUUUCAAGUGUUUAAAGACAUAUUUUGUAAGGUUUUUAUAAAGGUAGAUUGAGUCAAGUUUAUUAAGAAGGAGAAGAUUAUGUGAAUUUGGCAUUUUAGAGAAACAAUCUCAAGCAUUUGUUUUCACAGCUCUAAAAAGAUACCAUGGGUUCCACAUAUAAUAUAAGGGGUUUGCAUUUUUACAACUUGUAAGCUUUGGGGCCAGGGGUCUGUAGUUGAGUUAUCAGAUGUCAAUUGGUGUAUGAACGAAUAGAAAACUUUUUGAGUUCAGGCUAACAGAUGUAAUUUUUACAGUUGUCAUUGCCCCAUUCAAGUCUAUUUUUAAAAUUUUUUAUUUUUAUUUUUAUUUUCUCAAGUUUUUGAAAUGAAGGAUCCAUUUUUGCAAGCAGACCUGGGAUUUGUUCUGUAUUUUGUCAUACUUGAAACUAGGAAUUUUCCUCCAAAGGAUUUUAGAAAGUAAAAAUCCAAGCAUCAGGCAGAUAAAUGUUUUUGGGCUUUAGAGUCUGAAGUUUGGUUGUAACAUGGCUCUUAAUAGGCAGGUCUUGUGAUAACCCUCUUUUAAGGGUUUCCUUGUUAGAAAGCCUUGCCUUGACUCAGAACCCACCCAGGGUCUCUGAAAGAAAAAAAAAAAGCAGCUAAAACAACUGGGAAGUUUAAGCAUCCUCUCAGGACCACUGAGCAGCAAUAAGUGCUCUGCGGGUUUUAUUCUUAACAUUUUAAAUCGUAGAAUCUCUAGGUGCUUUUUGCCAGAAGUCUGUGGUUUCCUCAUUUUUGGCAAUCUUUGGGGAAGUUACCACAGGGCAAUAGCUUGGAAUCCUCGCAGGAUUUGAGGGUGCUUGCUCUGGGAAGGGAAUUAUGGUUUGUCAGUUGGUACCUUCCCAGGUUUAUGGGAGGGAAAUCUGCUGAAACAAAAGAAGAACCCUUGGGGAUGUGUGUGAGAAGCUACUCCAAAUCUUGAGGGGCGGGAAAUGUUUGCCUGCUGAUUCCCUCCCUUAGUACCAGAAUAUUCUUUUCCCCCAUCUGACCACUAAGUGGAAAUCUGACUGGGCUGAGGGGAGUUGAUAGGAGCAAGAACCUGUCCUGUUAAGAGUCCAGUCAUAAUUUGGAGAACCAAGAAUUUAACCUCAUCUGAUUUUUAUUGUUUUUUUUUCUUUCCAAGCAUUUGGAAAAGCAUUUUUUGAGAAUUUAAUGAAACUGCUAUUUUAAAGUUGCACAUAAUGGAACACAAGACUGUUUUGAUUGUCUUCCUGUUGAUUCGGGAAGUCUUUGAUUCAGUUGAUCUUUAUAGGUACUGGAGUAACAUGUAUUUUGUGGACUGAAAUGGUUCCAAUAGUGUCAACUCAAGAUAUGCUAGCUCAAGAUUUUUCAGGCCAGUGUAUACUUUUUAAUAUCUCUGGGAGCUGAGCUCAGGGGGAAGAGAGUCAUUCUCAUUUUAGCUUAGGUGGCAGGACCCUCCCCAAAUUACUUUUUGGAAUUAUUGUUGGAUCUCUAGAUACUUAACUGCUUUUCAGUUUCUUUCCUAUAAUAGGACACAUGAAUAUGCUGUGUGUCAUCUACAAUAUGUCUCAAGUUCUAAGUCUUUUUUUAUUGUUACUGUUUGUUUGUACUUUAAAUUUUUUUCCUGGAGUGGAAUUAGUUUGUUUCUCUAUUCUUAAUUUUUCAAAAGUUGUAAAAACGCAUGAGAAGUAUCUUGCUGGACAAAGAACAAGACCAGAGAAGAAAAAGAGGUUGACUUUUUAGCAAAUUUGAAGGACACGGGGUGUGUGUGUAUGUGUGUAUGGGAAUAAGCAUGUCUGUGAGAGAGAAAAUGCCCUGAAAAUAGAACCAAGGGCUAAAAACCCUAAGUCUGUAAUGGGGACCAUUCCUCUGCGUCACAAGAAGUAUGAGAUUCAUGCUUGAUUUUCCUAUGGAAGCUUAGCUGUGUAUAAUUUUAUACUAUUUAAUAUACAGGUAGGGAAGAUACCUUUCUCUUUUUAAAUGAAGAAUCUUUAACUGAUGAUAACAUUCUUAAAGGAUUGCUGAUGUUUUAAAAACCGAUCAGAAGCCUGGAUGUUAGUGACAGACACUUUUACAUUGAAGAUACUACAUAUAAACCUUUAACAAAAUUUGGUCCAGGCUUGUUUUCAUCUACUAGAGGGCUUUUGUAGAGAUCUUCAGUGGGAUGAAAGCUGAUAUUAUAUGGCCACUCCCCUCUGCCCCUCCACCCCCCAACCUUUUCUUUUGAGCUCACCCUUUUGUAUGUGGAAAAAUAUAUUUUUGUACCAUGUGUCUCAUACCUUGAACAAUGUUUUGUAUAUCUUAAAUGCUGUAGGAUAAUAAUACAAAGCAAUACUUCUCAUGAUAGGUUCUAAUGAAUACUAUGAUGCUAUUAUAAGUAUAAACUGAACACAGAAAAUUAAUCAGUAUUAAUUUCCCUACUAUAUCUAUAUCAUGAUGGCUAUUUACUAAGAAUAGUAAUUUUGAAUAAAAUAAAUACAAACUGUCCAUCUUGAUAGGAUCUCUUAAGUUGCUAUGCUGAACAUGUGAAUGGGAAAAAUUUUUUUUUCAUCAGUGCAAAUUUUGGCUUGUCCCAAUUGUGUGCACAUGAUGUCUUAAUGUAUCCCCUUGAUGUGUUGAAAUAUAUUUUUCCAUACAAAGUUCUGUUGCUGUUUCUUCAACUUCCCUCUAGACUCCCACCUCCUUUCUGCUUUAGGUUCCAACCCCAAUCCCAUUGAUGUGGGUGGGGAGUAGUAAAUCUGCCUUUUUGCAACAGGAUUUCCCAAAUGCGAGCUUUGCCUUGCUCUUAGAAAGGUCAGAGGUAAGCUUUAAUUACUUCAUUUCUGCUCAGUUUGAUGUUUCCCUGCCCCAUCCUUUACUUAAACAGAUCUUGAGAAAAAGGACAUCUCUCUUGCUGGUUCAUACUUAUUGGUGGAUUUUGAAACUGGCUGAUCUAAUUAUAAAUUCAGCUGUUAUCUUACAAAGUAUUAGGGUUAAAAGCUUAAGAUGUCAAAGCUCCUACAAUAUGGGUGUAUGUUGUAAUGUGUCACAGUUGUACAAAAGUACUUUGUUUGGGGGGCAGUUUGUAAAUUUCAGAGCUCUGCCUCUUAUCUAUAGAUAAUGGAAUUCUUUCUCUUUUCCGGAUGUGAUACAGUGCUUUUAAUUGGUAUUGGGUGUUAAUCAGUUUGCUGUAUAGUAUCUGGUAUAAAUCAGCCUUGUUCCUGAAUAUUGCAUUCUUCUGACUGUUUUGCUAUUAAAUGCCUUGUCGAUGCCCUGUCCUGUGGAAUAUAGACUGGUUCCAAUUUAGGCUUUUCAAACGGCUGUGUUUCUGACUGUGGUUUGCAUUAUAUACCAGUUCUCUAUAUUUGGCAGCUAAUGGAGUUAUUGACCAUAUGUUUAACGUCUAUUUUAAAAAAUAUAAUGGUUUUACUGUAAUGUCAACUUAAUUAACCGCAUGUGUUAAAUUUCUUGAAUCCAGUGUUUCAUUGAAUUCUUGUGAUGGUGAUGUCGAUUAGCACUCUUCAACAUCCAAUGAAACAGUCAUCCUUGUUUGCCCUAUUUCUAACUGGAAAUUGUGUCUUUUAGUAUGACACCAGUUGUCAGCACUGAUAUUAGUGAUUUCAUAUUGUUUCCUAUACCAGAUUGCAGAUUUAGAUAGUAUUUAAGUUUGUAAAAAUUGUGAGUUUUUUGUUUUUGUUUUUGUUUUUUUUCUGUAAAACAACUUGAUUUGUUGCUAGUGAUAUGUGUAAAGACUCAAGGCAUGUAACCCUUGGGGAAUCAGGUCUACUGCUGUCAUUGUUGGGAAUCCUAAAUAUAUCAACUUAUUUUUACAAAGGUAUAUAUAUAUAUAUAUACACACAUUCCUUUAUUUAUUAAAUGAUCACCAGAUUGAUGUUAAUGUAGUGAAAUAUUUGUAGGCUGAUUUCAGAACUGAAACAAGAUAUUGUGAAAAUUAAAGCUUAAUAAAUGUUUACCGUAA